CAUUGGUUGCAGAUCCCCUUCAACCUCCAUUAUUGUAAGCUCUCUCAAUCUCUCUCUCAUCUGAGAGAUCUCAGUUUCCCUCCCUACGCCAUUAAAUUACGAAUAAGUUGCUCCCGGAAACCCGCUGCAUCUGCGAUGUCUCUAUCUCUCUCUCUCGCGCGGUCUCUCUCUGUCCGUCUCUCCCUCUCUGCUAAAACUGCAGAGAACGAGAAGCUGUUUAGAAUUGAUACAAUUUUAUCCUUUCACGAAUUUUGUUGAUUCAUCAACUGUUUUUCAUAGUUUGGAGGAAAAUUUACUGAAAAAAGAGGUGGGAAACAACGGCUGAAGUUUCUUCUUCUGUAUACAUUCGCACAAAGUUGUCCAACCAGGAGCGCUGGAGCUCGAAUGCGGGCCGCCUCUGCUUUCUUGUUUCGAUUAGAAAAAGAGUGUGCCGGAACGUCGCCGACAUUUGCUCCCUCCUCCUCCAUUGCGUGAAUUGCCGGAGGAACGCCUCAUUCCUUUGGCAUUUCCACUAUUGCCUGAGAGUGAACGAAAUCCGUUGGAGAGGUUCUUCCACAGGCAUCCAGAACUCUACCAGUUAGUUCCUUACGAUUCAUGAAAGUUUUUCCGCAUUAAAUUGUUCAAUUCAUUAAGCCUGUUCAGUUUGCACUUUGGAGGUUUUCCGAUCAGAAAAAUUUUCGAAACACCUGCUUUUUUUUUCAGAUUUGAAAUUCUUCUUCAAACAUCUUUAUUGGGAAACGGGGUACAAAUAAACCAAGAAGGACGAGUUUCCCGAGAGAUUUCAUUGUUUUCAUAACCUUUUUUUUGUCUAACGGAUUCCGAAUUAAGCUUCCGUAACAUAAAUUGUCAAACAUCUCCGUUUCAUCUGGCUCUUUUCCCUUUUUCAUCGUGCGGAAGAAAAGAAAAAGUAAGGACAUUCACAACAGCUUUGAAUUAGGAAAAGAAAGAUACUUUUUUUUCGAAUUUCUGUAGUGGUGGGAAGCCAGGAAAAGAGAGAGAGGGAGAGAAAGAGGAUGCAUUUCAGGGGAGAUUUCUCUGUCACUUUCUUGUUGUUUCUCUUCACGACGACGAAUCCUGUAGCCGUCCUGUUCAUGCUGGUGGGGAUUGCAUCGCCGGCAGUAGCAGCAUCUUCUUCCGGAAGCCCCCUUCUCAACGAUCGCCUUUUAGUCGGCAUCACCCUGCUGCACGAAGCCGCCAAUGAAGGGGCAGUGUGCAUCGACGGGAGCCCGCCGGCUUAUCACCUCCAUAGAGGCUUCGGCUCCGGGGAGAACAACUGGCUUCUGCAAUUUGAGGGAGGUGCAUGGUGCAACGAUGUGGGGAGUUGUUUGGAAAGAGCCAGAACACAUCGGGGUUCCUCUCUCUACAUGAACAAAUAUGAGGCCUUCAAUGGCAUCCUCAGCAACGACCCAUCCCUUAACCCAGACUUUUAUAAUUGGAAUCGCGUAAAACUUCGGUACUGUGACGGAGCAUCUUUUGCAGGAGAUUCCGAAUUUCGUCAUGGAACUAUAAAACUAUAUUUCAGAGGGCAAAGGAUAUGGCGUGCCAUUGUUGCUGACCUCCUUUCCAAAGGAAUGUCAAAAGCAAAGAAGGCUUUACUUUCUGGUUGCUCUGCUGGAGGUCUGUCUGCCAUACUACACUGUGAUGAUUUCGCCAGCCUACUUCCAGAAACCACUACUGUAAAAUGCUUAAGUGAUGGCGGUUUUUUUCUUGAUGCACGAGACAUAGCUGGUAAUUAUACAAUGAGGUCAUUCUUCCAAGGUGUGGUCAUGCUUCAGGAGGUGACUCAAAAUCUUGCAAAGAAUUGCACCAUGUUUCAGCAUUUUCCUUCUCAGUGCUUUUUCCCACAGUAUGCAUCGGCUUAUAUACAAACACCACUUUUUAUUCUCAAUGCAGCAUAUGAUGUGUAUCAGUUCAAUCACAUUCUAGUUCCUGCUUCAGCUGAUCCACUAGGACAUUGGGGCAAAUGCAAAUUGAACCCUGCUUUGUGUACAUCAGAUGAAAUACUGACUCUUCAAGGUUUUAGAAUUGACAUGUUAAUGGCAUUGGGAUCCUUUCUAGGUUCACGUAAUGGAGGUGCCUUCAUAAAUUCAUGUUUCACUCAUUGCCAGAGUGAGCUACAAGAUACUUGGUUUGCUUUAGAUUCUCCAAGGCUGCAAAAUAAGACCAUUGCUGAGGCUGUUGGAGAUUGGUAUUUUGAGAGGGGAACCAUAAAGGCAACCGAUUGCCCUUAUCCAUGUGAUCAUACCUGUCAUAAUAUGUUAGAGACCCCAACAGCAGUGGCGUCGCAUGAAAGGCCUCCCUCUGCCCCUGGACGCCCUUGGUCAAGAGGAUUACCGCCGGGACGUCCCCGACUUCCAGGUGUCCCCAGUUCACCUAGGAGAACACCGCCGGCCACAGAACCCGUGCUGCCUUCUCGACAAGCCGAGGUGAAGCCAGAGAUGUGAAAAACUGCAAAGGGUUCGGAUCCGAGACAGCUAAAUACAUUGAAGGUCGUUCUGAAAUUGGACGAGUCCCAAAGUACUACAAGUCGAUAACGUCGAAGCCCUUCAUAGCAAAUCCAACCCGCUUCGUGCAAUCCUAAUGGAAUCCAAGGAUUCACAUAACGAAGCCAUGGCUCAAUUCAUGUCCAUGCCAAUUAUUAUGACAAUUUUAAAUGAAUAAUAUGGGCAACCGAAAGAAAUAUGUGGGUGCCCAGAGCAAAAUAUAUAUAUAUUUUUUGUCAACAGAACCUACAAUUAAAAUUAAUCUAUACAAAGUUCAGUAA